GUUAUACCGUUCAUCUGUUAUGCUAACAUAGUUGAAGACACUUGCAGCAAAGGAAGUGUGUUGCUUUCCAUCUCACCUUUACCUCUUAACAUCGUAGGACGGUCCUAGUAAAUGCUUACGGGGUUGGCCGUCUGAUUACGAGGCCAGCCCCGGAUAACUUUAUGUCCUAUUAGCUUGGUUAGGCUUUUGCGGCGGAGGGCUAUUCGUUCCCACGCUUUCGCACUCUCCUAGCCCAUAGAUAGCGCCUUCCCAUAGUGCCAGCUAAUUGGAACAGAGCAUCAUGAGCACACCGGCUCGCAAGCGGCUUAUGAGGGAUUUCCGCCGUUUGACGUCCGAUCCUCCACAAGGCGUCAAUGGUAGCCCUAAUCCCGAAAACAUUAUGCUAUGGAAUUGUGUAAUCUUUGGGCCGGAGGAUACCCCUUGGGACGGAGGGACCUUCAAACUGACAAUGGAGUUCUCGGAGGAGUACCCCAACAAGGCGCCUGUCGUAAAAUUCAAGUCGAAGCUGUUUCACCCGAACGUGUAUGCGGAUGGCGGCAUCUGCUUGGACAUCCUACAGAACCAGUGGAGUCCUAUCUACGAUGUUGCAGCGAUCCUUACCUCCAUCCAGAGCUUGCUGUCAGACCCCAACCCCAACUCGCCGGCGAACGCUGAGGCGGCCAGGCUGUAUAACGAGAACAGGCGCGAGUACAACCGGCGAGUGCGGGAGGUGGUGGAGGCAUCAUGGGUCGAGGACGUGCCAGCCGAGGAGGCGGCGGCAAGCUGAGCUCUAAGGAUGCAGCAUUACCUCCGGCGCAGGGGCAACAUAUGAAGCGCAGCCCACAGCGCGGGUGCCGCUGCGUCCCUGCUAGGCAAGAUGGUACCAAGCGGCCGGUUGGGCAGUGGUCAGGGCUGAAGACCGUAGCUGGCGUCUGCAAUGACAGGUGGCGUGGAUAAAAGCUACUCGCAUAGCAAUGGGCGUCGGGUUGGCGUGAGAGAGAAUUGACGAGCGUGGGCUGAUGGCUGCAGGGUUGUCCAUAGCAGAGCGUGGAAGGUCGCCCCGGGCAGGAUGCUAAAGGGCCAUUCCUGCAUCUCUUUUCUUCGCAUUGAUGACGUGUGUUACGAGUGUAGGGGAGCGCUGCGGUGUGCAUCAGUGACGCCGCUGGCUAGGGGCUGGCACCUACGGGGAGUUUGGAACGCCCUGGCAGUUAACGCCAUGUAGCUGCUGCUGAGGGCCAUGGCCAACGGAAGCACGCAUGCCACGGCGUAUGCUCGCUGCUAUGAGCAUGUCGGUUGUAUUGAUGCUUCUCUCUGAGGGCUAUGGUGGGGUAAAUAGGCGAGUAGUCGACCCCUGCGUUUUCUGGGGGAAAGGCUCUGGUGGCGUCACGUGCGACUUAGGAGGGCUAGCGAUCUCGGCUGCCUUUGCUCUGACGAACAAUGAUGUUGGGGCUUGUGUUUGGCAAGUAUUUGUGCAGGCAUGGCUGUUAGCACUGCAUGACGUUAAUUCCGUCCCAGGCCGCCGUGGACUUCAAAGCAGCAACCCAAUACAAUGUUGGCCGUGCAAACGAAGGAUAGAUGCCUAGCAGGAGGUGCCAUAUGUCCUCCUAACUCCGGAGC